GCCGUCCGGUGCCGCAGGAGAAGGUCGCCCGCUCACUCGCUCRCUCCGGGGGAUUCCCAGCGUCCCGCUCAGCCGCACGCGCCGUCCCGAGCACUCGGGGACAUGUCGAGGUGGGCGGAGGCCCGGUGUGCCGGCGCCAGACGGCGGACGGCGGCCGCGGCACACGCGCCCUCCUCGAGCUUUCUCCGAAGACUUCUCCCUUUACACGCGCCCCGAGCGUGAAGGCGCUGCCACRGCGAGAAGGCACCGAUAAGGAGCAGGACGCGCCGCAGCUGCCGCACCGGGAGUUGCACCGGGAAUUGCGCCGGGAAUUUCCCUGGGAAUCGUGCCGGGAAUCGUGCCGGGAAUCGUGCUGGGAAUCGCCCCGGGAGGAUGAAGCUGCUGGAAAACUCCAGUUUCGAAGCCAUCAACUCCCAGCUGACGGUGGAGACGGGCGACGCCCACAUCAUCGGCAGGUGCCCUGGGGGUCUGUGUCCCUCUGUGUCCCCGUGUCCCUCUGUGUCCCCGUGUCCCUCUGUGUCCUGCUGUCCCCUGCCAGAUCCCGGUGUCCUUCUGUGUCCCGUGUCCUGCUGUGUCCCAGUGUCCUGUCAUGUUUCCAUGUCGUGCUGUACCCUGGUAUCCCACUGUGCCCCACUAUGUCCCCGUGUCCCUCCGUGUCCCCGUGUCCCUCCGUGUCCCCGUGUCCCUUCUUGUCCCGGUGUCCCUUCAUGUCCCCAUGUCCCUUCAUGUCCCCGUGUCCCUUCAUGUCCCGGUGUCCCUUCAUGUCACGGUGUCCCACCAUGUCCCCAUGUCUCUCCAUGUCCCUGUGUCCUGGUGUCCCUCCAUGUCCUGGUGUCCCCCGUGGUGCUGGUGACACAUUGGUGCCAUUGCAGGCUGGGCAAGAGCCAGGGMGGGGACGAGGAGGGGCCGCUGAGUGACACGUGCAGCCGCAAGACCCUUUUCUACCUGAUCGCCACCCUCAACGAGUCCUUCCGGCCCGACUACGACUUCAGCGCCGCCAAGAGCCACGAGUUCAGCCGCGAGCCCAGCCUCAACUGGGUGGUCAAUGCCGUUAACUGCAGCCUCUUCUCGGCCGUGCGCGAGGAUUUCAAGGCGCUGAAGCCGCUGCUGUGGGACGCGGUGGAUGAGGAGAUCUGCCUGGCCGAGUGUGACAUCUACAGCUACAACCCCGACCUGGACUCGGAUCCCUUCGGAGAGGACGGCAGCCUCUGGUCCUUCAACUACUUCUUCUACAACAAGCGGCUCAAGAGRAUCGUGUUCUUUACCUGCCGCUCCAUCAGUGGAUACGCCUACACCCGACCGGACACCGGCAAUGAGCUGGACAUGGACUUGGGGGAAGGGGACACCGAGAAGGGCGACAGCGGGGACCCCGAGGGCGGCGGCAUCGAGGAGGACAGGUUGCAGGUGAUCUGCAUGUGAGAUUCCC